AUGGACAAACGAGAAAUCAGCAUCAUCCGAAAGAAAAGUGUUAUUCUCUCAGGUUUGGCUGCCUUGGAGUAUACUUCAAUACCUGUCCUGCUGUCCGUUAUUUCUCUGCUACUGACUGGUCAUCAUCUUACUCCUGUCAAUGCUUUUAUGCUUCUAAUGUACAUGAACUUGCUAAGACUUUGUUUUUCCCUUGAUAUUGGAUAUGGUGUAGUGGAGACACAUGAAGCAUAUGUAUCACUCGGCAGGAUAGAAGAGUUUCUCAUCUUAGAAGAUUUGCUAUGUAUCUCGGGAGAUCAGAGUAAAGAAGACAAAGGUAUAGCGCCAGAGGAAAUGUCCGUUAAGUUACAGAGGGAUUUUAGAGUGAUAAAAGAUCAGUCGGAGAAAUCACAGGAAAGCCCUGUUACUGAUCAGAGGGUGAACCCAUCUGAGCCAGGAACUUUAUGCGUGUCCAGUUUAAAGUCUACGGAAAUGAAGAGGAAGGACGACCUUAUCCUUGAAGAUGUGGAAUUCAUUGCUGCAUCAGGAACCUUGACAGUUAUCACCGGGCCAGUAGGCAGCGGAAAAUCAACUCUUCUCUUAGCGAUCGCUGGCGAAAUACGAGAAAUCAGCAUCAUCCGAAAGAAAAGUGUUAUUCUCUCAGGUUUGGCUGCCUUGGAGUAUACUUCAAUACCUGUCCUGCUGUCCGUUAUUUCUCUGCUACUGACUGGUCAUCAUCUUACUCCUGUCAAUGCUUUUAUGCUUCUAAUGUACAUGAACUUGCUAAGACUUUGUUUUUCCCUUGAUAUUGGAUAUGGUGUAGUGGAGACACAUGAAGCAUAUGUAUCACUCGGCAGGAUAGAAGAGUUUCUCAUCUUAGAAGAUUUGCUAUGUAUCUCGGGAGAUCAGAGUAAAGAAGACAAAGGUAUAGCGCCAGAGGAAAUGUCCGUUAAGUUACAGAGGGAUUUUAGAGUGAUAAAAGAUCAGUCGGAGAAAUCACACGAAAGCCCUGUUACUGAUCAGAGGGUGAACCCAUCUGAGCCAGGAACUUUAUGCGUGUCCAGUUUAAAGUCUACGGAAAUGAAGAGGAAGGACGACCUUAUCCUUGAAGAUGUGGAAUUCAUUGCUGCAUCAGGAACCUUGACAGUUAUCACCGGGCCAGUAGGCAGCGGAAAAUCAACUCUUCUCUUAGCGAUCGCUGGCGAGAUGUCAGACAUAAGUGGAACAAUUAGUCGUCAUGGAACUUUUGUGUACGCGCCGCAAGUAGCCUGGGUGUUCUCUGGAACCUUAAGAGAAAAUAUCUUAUUUGGCGAGUCGUACAAUGAAUCAAGAUACACCAGGGUAAUCGAGGCUUGCGCCCUCACGAAAGACUUUCAGCAGUUUCCGAACGGUGAUGAAACUGUUGUUGGUGAGCGCGGUGCCGUUCUUAGUGGUGGUCAGCGUGCAAGAGUAAAUUUAGCACGCGCCGUGUAUGUGGAUGCAGACCUCUACUUGUUGGACGAUCCUCUCAGUGCUGUGGACUUCAAAGUGGGUCGACAUAUCUUUGAAAAGUGUAUCAAGGAUGUGCUUGGUAAAAGGACCCGACUGUUAACUUCUCAUCAAGAGUCACACAUGAUAGAUGCUGACCAAGUGAUAAUGCUGUAUAAAGGGCGCGUACUGGGAAAAGGGACCUUCGUAGAGCUUCAAGAUAAAGGCAUUUUAAAUACCACCAUUUACCCACUGUGCAAAAACACUCUUAUAGAGAAACUGUCCGACAACACCGCAAGGGAUAACGAAGAGAAACUCAGCGGUGUGAUGCCACUUGCUACUGAUAGUAAUGGUCUGGAAAUAUCUGUUGAAGAUCGGGCAAUCGGAACGGUGUCAAGUAAGCUUUACUGGGACUACUUCAGAAGUGGCAUUCACCCCUUAUUGAUCAUUGGAGUUGUUAUUCUGUGUCUUAUUCCUCAAGCAUCGAUGGUUGCCCCCGACGUUUGGCUGUCGCUUUUGACCAGGAAACGUCCUUCAGAGCAGAAAGACAAGACGAAUCUGGCUAUCUAUGGCUGUUUGGUCGCUGCCUCUUUCCUAUUAGGCAUCGUAAGAUGCUACAUUUUAUUUUUAGUUUGUCUAAGAUGCUCCGAACGUCUUCAUGACAAAAUGGUUGUGGCUCUUUUACAAGCACCGGUACUUUUCUUUGACUCAAAUCCUGUGGGUAGAAUUCUGAAUCGAUUCUCUAAAGAUGUCGGCUGCAUGGACGAAUUAUUACCGCUACAGUUUCUAUCUACAGUUCAGCUGGUGCUGCUGUUGUUCUCAUCUGUUAUCGUGCCUUCUGUUACGAAUCCGUGGCUUGUGUUUGUCACCAUUCCAGUGACGGCUACGAGUCUUUACUUCGCAAGAUUUUAUUUGAAGAGUUCCAGGGAGCUGAAAAGGUUGGAAUCAAUGUGCCGAAGCCCAGUGUUCUCUCACAUAUCAGAGACUCUUGAAGGACUGGACACGAUUCGAUCAAGAGGCAGACAGAACGAUUUCAUUGAGGAGUUUUACAGCCUCCGCCGGACUUGCUCUUGCUUAUGUCAUUCAAACAGUGGCUCUGACACAAUACGCUGUCAGAAAAUCGUCAGAUGUCGAGAAUUUUAUGACGUCAGUUGAACGAGUUAUGGCCUACACCAAACUUGACUCAGAGCCUGGGUACAAAGUGGACAGAACUCUUCCAGAACACUGGCCACGUAAAGGAAAUAU